CUUCUGGUGCUGUGUGCAGCCACGUUGAUUUGAUGUCACUCCGUAAAUGGGGAAGGAACUCGCAGUUGAGAAGAUUACCCCAAACUGAAGAGUAUAUAAUAUAUUCAGGUUGAGGGGGUGUUUUCUUUGGCAUUUAUUGGUUGGAGGUUGGGAAUUACAAGUUGCAACCUCAAGUCGAACGCAACAUGACUGAUUGUUACAAAGCACUGAAACUGGAGACUCCUUCCAUACAUGCUAAAUAAAUGUCUUCACCAUAUCAAGGAUUAUUUGUCAUUCCUUUGUUAAAUAACAGCACAUUUUUGACCAGUUUAUUAUUAGUCUUAGAUAAUGUGCUGUGCAGCAAGUCCCUGUGAAAGAGCUGUUACUAUAGAAACGAUAAAAUAUCAGAAAGCGUGCAUUAAUAUUAAUAAAACCUAAUGUUUGAAUCGACUAUUGUCAGAGCUGCUGUUAUAGAGAAUUAAUCAACACCUCCUUGACCAAUCAGAAUCGAGAAUUCAAAAAGCGGCUUUGGUGCUUUAUAAGUUAUAAGGUGUGAGCUACAUUGUUAUAAGACUAAGUGCAUGUUCAGUGUAUGUUCUGUUUCUGGCUGCAAAGUAAGACAGUCAGUGAGAAGGUGUAUGCGGUGCAAUCACGCAUGAUGCGUUAAAGACUCUAUAUCGACCUUUAACGUCAACCACAAGUCGGUCGAUCGAUGUUUCUUCUGUGCAAUGUUGUGUUGCGUGAAAGUAGUCGUUGGACUUCCCCCGGUAGCUCGCACAUGCUCAGUAGCGUGCGCAAAGUAUCGCUAAUCGAAGGAGAGACUCGGAACAGUCGGCAACGACGGCGCGAGCUCGACGUGUUGUUUGCAGUUCAAAAUGCAGCCUGCAUCUACGUAUCUUGCGGUCUGAAGCCGUCACAAGGUGAAAGGAUGUGACUCCGUCUGGCAUUCCGUCAUCCUGCUAUGAGCCGAGAUCCAUCGGCGUGAGAGCGUGAGAUUAAUGGAAGGUGUGACGGAAGAGUUGAGGGAACAGUUGGAGAAAGGGCAGGAUGAGACAGGACCCGCUUCAGUGAACGACACGCUUCCGAUCGGGAAGGACGAUCCGUCCAUCCCUACGGUCAUGGAUCCGGGCGAGGACGAGACGGAGCCGCCUCCUGAUUGGCUGGAGCCGUUGGAGGACUGUGAAGAUGAGGGUGAUGAAGGUGUGGAGAUUGACAGGAGCAGCAAGCGAAGAAGCAGAAGGGGCAAUAAUGCUUCGCGGAGACGAGGGAGGCCGUCAGUGUCUUCGAGCAGUACCUGGGUGGAUUGUCCUGACCUGGGAAGUGGCUGGAAACGAAAAGUGAUCCUUUGGCGUGCAGGCAAAAAUGCUACGUAUUACAUGAGUCCCAAAGGUGUGCGCUUCAGGAGUAAAGUCCAACUUGCCAAACAUCUCAAAGCUGACCUGGCUCUCUUUGACUAUAAAGAAGGAAAGUUUGUGGAUGCUAUUAUCCCAAGAAAGCGCCGAAAAGCUCGUGUGAAAGAAGGCACCAGACGCUCCAGUUGUUCUUCCUCCAGAGUUGCUACUCCGGAACUGGACAAGGCUUGCACCUCUGAAAACUUGACCACGCCUCCUCAGAACGGUCCCCUCAGCUCCCAGAGACCCCAUCUCAUCCCUAUACCACCGUCCACCUCUCCACCUCCAAAGAGCUCCUACAGAAGCCCCCCAGAGCUUACUCGCGUCUCCCCCACCAUCCUCCAGCAGCCCAGCCCUUCAUCCUCGCUCAAACUGGAUGAUCUCUCAGUUCAAACCAACCCGGUAUCUCAGUCCUGGCUCCAGUCCUCUCUGGCCCCUGUCAGCCCCACCAAAUCCACUGAGAGUGACUUCCCCACUUACCCAAAUGGCCAGAGUGCCGUGAAAGACUCCCCGUAUCUCCAUCCACCCCCUCCGACUCAGCUGGCUCUGGACCCUGAAGAAGGAAUGCAGGAUCAUGGCCUCCCUCCUCUCGAAGGCUGUGCAAACUGUGGUUGUAAAUACCCUGGGAUGGGGAGUGGGAAGCAGCUGCUGUGUCCCAAAUGCAGACCAAGGAGAAAUCAGCAUCCUCAUAUUAUCUUCAGAAAGGUGGGACAGGAUAGGUGGAUUCUGGGAAACACCAAAAAUGACAAUUCCCUUAAAAAGAAGAUACCUCCCUUAGGGAAGAGACGCCAUCCUUCUAAGUCACUCAGAUUGAUGGCUCAACAGGAAAAGGAAAAGGAAGUGAUUAAGAAGGAAGUGCAGCAGGACAGUGACGAGGAUGACGACGGGCCCGAUGCUGGACCUGAUGAUGACGACGAUUGUGGUCCACGGAAGCGCAAACGGCGAAUGUGUGGUCAGUGUAAAGCCUGCCUUCGUAACGAGAACUGUGGAAAAUGCGAUUUUUGCUUGGACAAGACCAGAUACGGUGGCCCAAACAAGCUGAGGCAGAAAUGUCGGUUUCGCCAGUGUCAGGUUCGGUCUCGCCUUCAGACAGGGUCACUUAAAUAUGCCAGAUCUGUUGGUUUGGUGGACUCGGGACAAGGCGAGUCGAGUCCCCGAAAGCACGGCAGACACUGGGGGAGGCGAAAAAUGAAGCGUCGCUCAAGAAGCAACAAAUACUGUACGGACGACGAAAACGAUGAUGAUGGCAAAUGUGAAGGCAGGCGUUCGGUCAGGAAAGGACGAAGGGGCAGGCCGAAGAAAUACGGGCGCCGCCUUAAACGAGUGAAGGACGAGGAAGGAGAUAAGGUGUCGGAUCCAGAGAUUGAGGACGGAGGACCAGGUGAUCUGGAGCAGGACCCAUUUGUGGUGUGUGAUGAUGGCAGCAGUGGUUUUUACGAGUCUGAAGAGCUCUACUCAAACAGCUACCUUCAGAAUGGCACUGACCUUGAUAUGCUCAGGAGCAGUGGGCAUCAGCCAGUGGAGGUGGAAUACACUGAGCUUCCUCAGGGCCCACAACUGGUGUACACUGUACCAGGUCUGUCUGAUGGUUCUCAGCUGCUGAGCUCAGUCCUGCCUAACGGUGUUCCACUACAGCUGAGUGCUGUGCCAGGCACACACGCGCCCCUGAUGCUGGAUCACGUGCCGGGCAAAGCUGCCCCUCAGCAGCACCCUGAGGUCCUGCCGAGUAACGGUGCGUCCCUCCGGCUCAGUGAUUUUCUGAGGAAUCAUGGAUUGGAGCUGGUCGAGGUGGAUACGACUAUGUCACAGAUCCUUACAGCUCCUUCCACAGCUCCUCCCAUGGCUCCUCCCAGCCACGAACCAGAGCGCCAGGGUGAACCAGGGACUCUGGACACAUCGCCUGAGAUCUACAGCCUUCCAGACUCUACUGAGAGUGCCUCAAUCCGGGACUCGGGGCUGCUGGAGCUGCUGACUUCUCUGCGCCGCACCAUUCUCCCUGCGCACUGGGUGGGCGUGAUGGCUAAUGGCCCGAUCCUGCAGCUCUUCCAGUGUUCCAAGCUUUCGCCCAUGGCUGACACGGUGCUGCAGAUCGAGCCGGACUUCUUCUACCAGAUCAGCGUGCAGAACCAGCCGCUGCUGCCCACUCACGCCGUGUACGAACGCCAUCCGGCCCGCCUUACAUCCGUCAGCCAAGUGGUGACCCUGCUGCUUGACCUGGAGGAGCUGAACGUGUGUCAGGGCUACCAGAGCUUUGAGGCGAACUCGCAGCGAGAGCCGCUGCUGUGUGCGCGCGCCGCGUUGUGCCAGCUGCUCGUCCCGCAGGAUGAGGACUGCUGCGAUAAAUGCCAGGAGUGCAACCCUCUCAUAACAAGCUAGUGCGUGAAACUCGGUCAAAGUCUGUGAUCAAACGGUUAGAAGGGGAGAUCUGAAAGUCUUUUACAAUUCACUGGUUUAUUGUUAAGUGUAUAAAGUCAAUACGAUCAUCCUACGUUAGAACCUUAUUAAUGCAGGGGGUUUGUGUUGAUGUGUUAACAAUGCCAAAACUCCAGGAAGCAAACUAUUUUAAAGGAAUACUCCAGUGUUUUCCAAACUAAUCUCUACACAAAAAAUCUGUAGCGUAUGUGUGAUUCCUACAGACACAAUAUACUAUAAUAUACAUUUCCUUCUAAAAAAAAAAAGAACAGGAAAUUAACAACUUUAAGACUCAAUAAAUAAAUAAUUAAAGGAUGAGGCAGACAUGAGAGAAUGUUAGGAUUUUAAGGAGUGUUGUUAUCUAUGGACAAUCAGGUGGAAACUGAUUUUAUAUAUAUAUAAUAUUAUAUGUAAUAUAGUUAAUAUUUAAUUUAAAUGUGGAACCACUAAUCAGUCCAAAUUUGGAGCAUGCUGUUAUAGGAAAAUAAUCAAAGACUGGGUGAUGUGAUGCGUUUCAGUGCAGAGUUACUGUUACCAUGCCGACGGAUUUUAUUCUUUUUAUAUCACAGCAAUUCGCCAACAGUUUUUAGAAUGACACAUCAUAUUUUUUAUUCGUUUAUAAUUACGGUUCAUGUUGUAGAACGUCCGUGAGACAUGUUAGUUCCUGUUAUCGCUUACAUUAUAACAGCUAUAAACAACUGUUCGUUCACUAGUCUCUGUUUUUAUUCUCUCUUUUGAAGUUUGUCGUGUUUUAGAGAAACCACAAACCUGAACGUCCUGAACAUUUUCCUGUGUCAGAAAACUAAAGUUACAGAUUUUACUUAAGGCUCUUUUAAUAAAUGCUAAUUAGGCAAAUCACAGGUUUACAUUAAGGUCAUUAUAAUACGUUAUUGUUUCUAUAGUUUCCUUACAGUAAACUUCGUCAUUUCAACAGUUACACACGUUUAUUUAAUCAAUUUAAGUUUUUUUUUUAUCCAUUUAAGUUCCUGUACAAGUUGUUACUAUAGAAACAAUAACAUGAAUCGACAGCUUAUGACCAAUCACGAGUGUUUAUUGAUGCUUCAGCGACUGCCCCUCGUUAGACUUUCAUCAUAAUUGAGUUUCCAGUAAACAGGUGUACUCAGAACAUGAAAAUGUGUUGUAUUUAUUGUCCUAGUAAUUACACACACAGUACAGAUUGAGUAGACAGAGAUUAUCUUGAAAAAUUCUGGAGCGUGCUUUAAGGUUUGUGCAUGUUUUGAAAGUUCUCCUGGCGGUGACGGCUCCGGCGGGAUAGAUGAUAUUCAUCUCAGCAUAGUCAAGCUUGCAAGCCUGAGCAAGCAAAGGAAUAUUCCUGGUGAGAUUUGAGAUUUCCCAUUCAGUUCCCCAGGACACUUCCUGGAUGUUUCAGAGAUUUUUUUUUUCUUUUUUAAUUUAUUGAUUAGUACUGUGACUUUGUACAGUGGUGCUCCAAGGGCUUGGUUUGAUUUGACGUCUUCUUCAAAAAGAAGUUACUCUGGAGCCGCUCCUGUUGUUCUAAUGGUGCUUUUUCCCUGUCUACGUAGCUCUCUGUAGCAAAACAUGUUUAGCGAGCCUGUGAUGCUCAUCCAUGGCCAACCCUGCAUCGUUUAGGCGUCCUUCAUCCAGGCGUUCUUCGUCCAGACGGCUGUCUGUUCCUUUGUUCUCGAUUUGCUCUCAGACGUGUGGAGAGAGUAAGGGAAGUCAUUGACCUUUAACUACCUCUCAGUGAUUCCUUGGUCCAUCGCUGGUGUCCAUAACUGUUAACAUAACAUAGCAUUGCUGUUCUCAUCUUUGCUUAGCUUUCACCUAUGAUGCACGUCACCUUGUUUUUGUUGUUUUAUGGCUUUCCGUAUGGAAGGUUAUCAAGCUUUGACUUUUAGUUUAGUAAUGAUAUACAUCACCUGGUUUAAUUCUAGGAUGUUUAGAGUGCUGCUGUGUUGUUUUUUUUUUUUAAACUGUUAAAUCCCAGAGAAAAUUUUAUUAAACAAAUCACUUUUAUGUAGAAUGUAAUACUUUAUGGUAUGUAUCAUCUUCCAUUCUACAAUGUCAUUCUUUAGUAUCGCAACACUGUAAUGAUAGUAUUAGCACAGAAAACAAGUGUUUUUUUCCUCACAUUGUCAUACAUUGCUAUCUGACAUGAGCUGUGUCUCAAAUCACAUACUUGUAUACUAUUCUAGACAACUUUUGAGUAUCCAAAACUGUCUAGAACUGCUCACACAGAAAAAUAUGAACAAAUAUCUUAGAGUUAAAAGACCUGGAUGGAAUUUUUUCUGAAUAUAUUUUGGAGCGAUUGAGGCUCUUUCCCCAUCAUGCACCACGGAAUUAAAGCAGGAGUGCCUUGUAGCAGAUGAAGACGUGGCUACUACUGACAGCAGGAGAGAUUUUUUUUUUCUCCAACGCCACCUCUGUCUCCAUCUCAAACCUGCAACUGUUAAUGAAUCGUCCAUUAAAAUUAAAAAUACACAAAGUACAGCAUACAUGGUUAUCUAGCUAAUGUCAGGUAGCACUGAAUACAAACUACGACUAUUGUUUAUACCACGUUCAUUUAAAUCCAAUUUCCCUCAAGUACAACACUGUUUGGAUUUCAUAUAUGAACCUAUUUAAAAAUAAGCACUCAAUGCUAAACAUCUCGCUUAAUUUUUAAAGGUUAAGUCAGCGAUUUUUUUGGCAGCUUCUUCCUCUGAGAUUCUAUUUUAUUAAUAUUUUAUUGACAGUUGCCAAAAUCUGGUUAGAACUUCAGCAAAUAUUACAGAAAGUGUUCAGAUUUAAAAAUCGCUGGUUCCACCUUUAAGUAUUAGGUCAUGGUAUGCAAUCUGAGGCACAGCUAUGAUCAAAUCACUCAAUGAGGGUUCACGUUAAAUCAGUUGUAUUGUAAUGUAACAUAAAGUACAGAUGGGUGACAAAUUGAAGGAAAAAAAAACGGUGACUCUGUUAAGCUGUGGAGGGCAUUUAUUUCUUUUGCUGGAAUGAUUUGGCUCAACUUGUCUCCUUAGAGUAAAUGGUCAUUGCAAAUCAAUACAAAGUUCUUCUAACACAUCACUUUUAUCCUAUGAUGAAACAUUUCUGUCCUUAUGGGAGUGGUCUCUUCCAGGAUGACUCCGCCCCUAUCUACCGGGCACAAGGGCUCACUGAAUGGUUUAAUGAGGCUGAAAAUGAUGUAAAACAUACACUUCACAAUCCUUCACAAUCACCAGAUUGUAAUUGGGAGAAUUUGGAGCAAGGUGUUAGACACUGCUCCUCAUAAACAUCAUCAAAACAUCAACUGAGGGAAUUGUUUUUUUUUUUUUUUUUUUUUUUUGGAAAAGUUGUGUUCUUGUUGAAUUUAUGCUAAACCACAUUAAAGCUGUUCUGGUGGCUUGUGGUGGCCCAACAGCUUACUAACCCACUUAAUGUUUGCUUUUCCUUUAAUUUGUCUCCUGUCUGUAAAAGAAAUAUUUGGUCAUUGAGUUCUUCACACUCGGAUUCUUCAGAUCAUGUCUUCUCUAUUGCGUCUGCCAAAAAGAUUUUGUCUGUGCUACUAAAAAGAGCCCAAAAUGAUGAUCGAUGUUAACCAAAAGCUCUACUGAAGCUGGGACAGGAGACUGGUUUCUAGCUAGUGAUUAACAUGAGUGUUUGCUGAUGAUGCUAUUUUUACACUUGAGUACACCGUGUCCAGCAUUGGUUUUGCUCCCCAAUGCCACUUUUCCUUGACAGGUACACAAAAGUUCUCUAAGGCUCCUUUCACACUUGCUGUUUUUUUGCUUAUAUGACAGAACACAUUUUACAUGCAAUAUCUUGGAAGGUGGCUGCUUUUUAAAAGCACUGCCAAAGGCAUUUUUGUCACAGUGGAGCUUCCAAAGUUCUCAGAGCAGAGUGAUGUCAAUUAUUUUUUUUUUUUUUAAAUAUCAGUCUUGUUAGUGAGCAAAUAUUAGGAAAUUUACUACAUGCUGAAUAGAAAUUAAUCACUCAGAUAAUCAGCAUAAAAAUGCUCCCAGCCUGGUAACAAAACAGCAAGUGUGAAAGCAUCCUUAAGCAUCGAUACAACACUUGAGGUUGGUGUCUUGCACUACUGAAUGAAAACAUUACAAAUGUUUGUGUCAAUAAGCUGCUCAUGCUAAAGGUGAGGUGAAGCAUUCUAGUCCCAGAGAAUGACAGUACACAGGGCAGUUUUGUGUUUUCCUGCUAUUUUAGGACUACAGAUAUGUCUCAAUAGUGCUGUUGAAAAUGUGGCUGAAGGGUGAUACCAUAUAAAUGAAGGGACUCAUUACAGCCAGAGUUACAGUUUGGUGAUUUCCCUUUACUAAUACACCUGGAAGGUUACAGUAAAUCUACAACGAUUCAACAAACUCUUCAUACUUGCCUAAGGUGGUUUGGAUGAUUGUUGGUACCCUUAUCACUUGUGCAUUUAUGAAUGACAGAGCAAGUCAGAAAUGUGCUUUUUUUUUUCUUUUUUUUUUUUUUUUUUGAAGCUUUUGCCCCUCAUAAAACACUGAACGGUUGCUUUCUUAUGCCGUACUCAUGACUGUUUCCUUGAUUUUAUUAUUAUGUAAACAAAAAUGUGUAUAUGUUAAUAGUCAUCAUUCCUUUAAAAUAUUUUGCAGAAUUUGGUGUGUCCCCUUUUCUCCUUUUUUGUAUAGUCACUGGCAUGACAGUUAAAAAAAAAAAAAAGGUAAUACAAAGUUGUUGAUUGAAAUAUUUUUAUUAAAAUAUUUAAAGAAUCUAAAAAGGUUACAGAGCUCCACAUUUUAUUAUGAAGACACUGUAGCCAUAGCAUAAUACUGUGUUGGGGUCCUGCUUUACCGCCAGUUUUUAAAACAUGAUUUCUAUGAGUGGUUAAAAGAUUUAUUAAAUCCUCUCACUUGUUUAAA